ACACCUCACAUCUCGUAAAUGCAUGUUCUUCCUUGUAGAAACAAUAUAACUGUGAGCCGCUCUCCGGUGAGUUUCAGAGUUUUCAGAGGGGCCGCUUCAGUGAUCGCGAUGGGGAAAAUAGAGUGGGCGAUGUGGGCCAAUGAGCAGGCUCUGGCUUCAGGACUUAUUCUCCUCACUGGAGGCAUUGUGGGGGUGGCUGGACAGUUCAGAGGCUGGCAGUUUGCUGCUUAUGCUAUUGCUGCUGGGGCAUUCGUGUGUCUACUUGAGUAUCCACGAAGCAAGAGGACCAAGGGCACAAGUGUGGAGAGAACGGGCCAGUACUGCUUCACUGUAUGUGUGAAAUCCUUUGGGCCAUUGACAAGGAACUACUAUGUCAGAGCAUUUUUACAUGCUGCACUCAGUGUACCUGCAGGUUUUUUGCUUGCUACUGUCCUCGGGUGUGUGUGCCUGGGCAUUGCCAGCAUCAUCUACCUUGCAGCAGCUAUCCGAGGUGAACACUGGGAGCCCAUUCUUCCAAAGAAGGAGAUAGCCAGAAAGCCAGAUGACAGCAUGAAGAAUCCACCUCAGAAUCCACCACCAAGACCUCCUCCUGAGACGCGCAGAAAGCGAGUCGACGACCUGGAGGGAGCAGGCUAUGACAACCCCAUUCCUGUUGGCGAGUAACCAGCCCAUUGCUCCACCCUCUGUAUUCCUUUUCCUCACUGCCUGAGAUAUUUGCACAAAACCAGUCUUACGUCACCAUUUUCUCAGUUUAUGGACAAAUGAAUUGUUCUGAAGUUAAGGAACCGCUUGUGACUGGACUACAUGUUGAGUCCACUCCUUCUUACCUCACCCUGCAGAGAAAUAGCUUAUAAACAGAGAAAACAUCUUCUUACCAAGAAUUUAGAAUUAAAUGAAGGAUGGGUAAAGUGAAUGUUACUUUUGAAAAAAAAAAACAUGCCCCCAGAAGUCAAUGGUAAUGCUAUCGCUGCUCAGUGCCAACCAAUAACAAAAGUUGUCUAGUCAAAAGACUCUAGGUAAGGUAGUUAUUUUUACUGCCGUUUCAAAUGUGCGGUUUUCUCUGCCAACCAGUGUACUGUAUAUUCUGUAAUGGCAUACAACAUAUUCUGUUAUUAAUAAAAGUCACUCAGUGUGUUUGUCUAUUUAAUGAGGAAAAAUGAUCACAAUACUGUAGGACUACACAGCACUGUUUUCUACAAAUAAAUAGACAAUUAGGUCUUGGUUGUGUCACAUUGAUAUUAGGCAUUUGUUAUUAUUUUGUCUGUACUUUGAUGUGUUGUAAAUAAACCCUUUGUGCCACUGAA